AUGUUCGUCCCCCGAGCCACUCGCGGCUCUCGACGCCGCCAGAGAACCGGCUCCGACGACUCGAAUGGACCCCCGAAAGCGAAAAGACAGCGUUCCGUACUGCGGCAAUCCGGCGACACUACCUCUGCGAGUUUGAAGGACAAUGGCGCAGAGAUUCAGCCCGCGGCCGCGGCCCAGUCCAACGAUUACGACCUUGCUAUGGACCCCACAGGCGGCGACCUGCAUCUACCUUUUCGAGGCGCGAAGCCGAGUGAAGGACCCAAGGCCGACUCUGAGGGGACAGUUGUACUGUCAAGCACAGAUUACUACACCGUCAACCAACUCCCAGCUCUCCCUGACCAGAUUCGAGGCUCGCAGUCAGAUCCACUGAAGUGCUUUUUUGCACCUGGCCAGGAUCACGCCCUUGCCCUGACACACUCGCAUGCCAUCGUAUGGCCCUACUCAGUCGCUACAUCGUCCCCAUCACCUUCGGAAACGUUCACGGUAUCGAUCCCCGAAUCAUGCAGAGAUCCAUACGGCCCGGUGCCGCUGGGUGUUUUGUUGUCUACCGCUACUGGAGAGCACCCUGGUCUCUUAGUCAUGAUUCCCUCAACUGGUCGAAUCAUAUACUGGGAGACUGUUUCCAGUGCUGCAUCCCUGGCUUUGUCUCGACAGAAGCAAUAUGGUAUUCAAGGUUCAACCUCCGGCAUGCUCUCCGGGGAAUACGCCAUCGAAAUUAUGAAUUGUGAACCCUCAGGAAUCAUCGUCAUGUUUUCUAGUGGAAGAGUGGCGCAUGUGACUCUUCGAGACUCACAGGGCAAGCCAUCCGUCCUGGUCAAUUUCCUCAGGAGUUCUGGGGGCAACGGAGGUGGACUGCUCGGUGGACUCAAGAAUGUCCUCGGUGGAGGUUACUGGAGAAAGGAAGUCACCGCUGUUCAUCCUGGUGGCUCUCGCCAGCGUGGCCAACGUGAUGUGAUCGUUGCAACUUCAACUGGUCUGGUGGAGAUCUGGGACACCCACUGGCAUCAUGGAACAGCGUUGAAGAAGAAGUUCGAUGUUAAGGACGAGAUUGCGGCAUCGCUCCCUUCAAGUAUGAAAACUGUGAACGACCUCGAUCUCAAGAUCUUGGAUUUCGCUUUCUCUACCCAGUCCUCUGAUGAGCAGGACUCCGACGAAUCUUGGAGUCUUUUCGUCGCUGUUAGCACGCCUCAAUCUCUGGAAGCUAAGACAAUGUUUAUCAUUCAGCUCCAACUAUCUGGAAACGACGCCCGGGUUCAGUCCACCUACACUGUGAGCCUGCAAAGCAUCCCCACCAUUAACCAAGAUGUCAAACCGAAAAUUUUGGUCUCGCGACCGGGUGAUACUGCUUUUAUCUACAUCGGUCAAUCGCUCAUUGUUCUUUCUCUCACGACUGUCGAUGAAUCUCCGACUACCCAGCUGCUUCACGACACCGAGAAACUAGCUCUACCAUUCCAGGACACUAUUCACCUCCGAUCUGGCAAAGAGUUCGAAAUCUUGGGUUAUGGCACAGAGGAAAGAACUGAUGAUGAUGAAGAGGGUUCCUCGUGCGUGAUGAUGGUUCGAAACUUUGGUGUCGUUCGAGUUGACGUGGUUCCUCAAUACUCCACGGCACGCGAGGUGGAGGAAGGCCCUGUUACAGCCAAGCACAAACUUGAGCAAGCUAUCUUCUUUGGUACCAUGGCAAAGAACCCAUUGAACCUGAUCGGCGAUGGUGGUCUCAAUUUUCCCCCCGAAGAAAUUGAGCAAGCGUCUCUGGAAAUUUGCGAAGAGCUUCUCCAGUCCGAGACACGAUUUAUCCCGAGCACCGCCAUCUCAAUCGAUCAAAAUCUGCGACUCAGAGCAAAAGCGUUGAGUGAUCUAGCAUCUUUGCUGUCGAAGAAGGGCAAUCCUCUGGGUCGCACGGCUAGAUGGGAAUUGCUUUGGGGUGCAGAGAAGCUUGCAUCGCAGCGGGCUUUGUGGAAACUGGAAGAGACUCUCAGAGCCAAAAAUGAAGGCCUCCUCCUUGGUCAGGUCAUUGAAUCGAUGAAUGACAAAUUCAAGACACGCCCUAGUGGUGAUACCGAUCCUGUCCGGCAAUGGUUCUUGAAGGACACCUACCAGAUGGAGCACAUUAUUCCCUGGAUCAAACACUCCAUUAAAUCACGGAAGGGCAGCACUAAGCAGUCCCGGAAGAACUCGGAGCAGAUUAUGGAAGCCAGCGAGCUUUUCCUUUCUGUCAUGGAAACCGCCUACCGAUAUCGCGAUGAUCAUGCUUCGAUGUAUGGACUCGGUGACGAUUUUGUGGAGGACGGUGUGCUCGCUGAUGGAUAUGAAACUCUUCCCGAGUUCUGGACCUCUCGACGAAUGGCAUACACCGAAACAGCGGAUCUUUUGGACAUCGAAACGGAAGCGGCUCUCAAUUUGCAGCAGAAAUCCACUGCGGAGACGCCCGAUGGCCAAAUGGCAAAGAAACUCGCCUCGAAUUGUUCACGCCAUCUGCGAGCCCUUGGCCAAAUGCAUCGCGAACGAGUACGCUGGCUUGCUGUACAGGACGAUUCUAAACUCCUGGACGAGAGUGUGUCGAUCGAGCAAUCGUUUGUUAAGGACCGUAAGUGGUACCUUUUCAAACUUGGUGGAAUCAAUCAGCUGCAAGACGCCAUUGUGCUGGCAGAACGCUUCCGUGACAUGGUAGCUCUUGUCGAACUCCUCCUAGAGUUGACGAACCAAGUCAGGGAGAUAGUCAAUAAGGGACUCCCGCGACCCGACAUGGUGGAGACUCCAGUCUUCGGUGCACCUGCUAUCGGGUACACCUUUGCAGAUCUUGACAUUCGGAUUGCGCAUUAUUUCGACAAGUUCGGCGAGCCUUUUUCGGAUGCAUACUUCACACGAAAGAUUUCGAUGGGAAAUCCGGGUCCAUUGCUCAUGAUGAGGAAAUACCAAGGCCCGUUGACCCGUUUCCUGCGCAAACACCCUGCAUAUGCUAAGUUGAGUUGGAUGAACGAUGUGAUCGGCGAAGAAGAUUACGAAACCGCUGCUUUAUGUCUGGAGAACCUGGCCAUCGGCAACGAAACACAGCUCUGGAACCGCCAUGUUCAGAUUUCGCUGGCGAAGCUCAGCCAGCUGGCUGCAAGCGAGAAGAAUCCUGCUUUGGGAAGUACUGCAUCAUUCCAGGAGGACAUCAGUCGUAUCGAUGAUUGUAUUGCAAAUGGUGAAAUCCAGGACAAGCUAUCCUGGUACAUCCGUGCCUUCACCGAAGGUGCAAUCGACCCGGAAGCCGAGCAAGAGCUGGCCUUACAGUCCUUAGGAGGUUAUCUUGCCGAAGAUCGUCCAUCUCUUCAUGAAAUUUUGGGCGACGCUUUAUCCACCCUUGUCAACCGAAAUGUCACCGACACCGAUGGACUCAUCGAUAUUCUCACGCUGAUCGGUCCCUUUGAAAACGCCGAAGAAGUGGACUCUGACCUUUGUGGCCACGAAUUCUAUCAAGCUCUCCGGGUUCUUGAUCGCAGUCGCUACAUCCAGCAGGACCCCUCCUAUGUAUCUGCAUUGCGGAAGUUGAUCUGGCGACGAUGCAUGAUUAAGGAUGACUGGGAAGCCCGUGGAAAGGCUGCCGAGGGAGUCAAUGGUGAUUCUGACAGUGCCACUCGCGACACGUCUCUUUUCAAGACCUUGUCUUCCUGCAUCACUGAAGGCACGGAUUCACGCCACAAGUCACUCUUCCAGCCCCUUUCCCCCGCCGAAGCUAUGAUGGCCGGUUCCGAGUCGGACAUCCUCGUCUCGCGCUUCCGACCUGAGCAACGGGCCCGUGUCGCCACCGACUUGCAACGGGAGGAUGAUAUUCUACGUGAUUACAUUGAAACUGGAAAGCUCGACUUCUGGUACCAGAACCUCCUAGGUUCGCUUGAUCCGGAGGCAUCUAAUGGUGUGAAUGGUGCCGACGCCUCCCCUUCAGAGAAGGCGCGACUGACGUUUGUUUAA